AUGAAGACAACAACACUUCUCGCAGCGGCAAUUGCUACCGUGUUGCCGGCAUAUGCAGCCACCGCAACAUCGGCAAACCUAGAAGAGCCAUCAGCGGCACCGACGCUCGGAGCCCAGGUCGUCCAAGGCUGCUUCAACUCAUGGGGAAACCUUAUUUUCAAUUCGACACCAGAUUUUAACACCAAGAGCGCAUGUGCUGUCGACCUCUGCUAUGCCGGUGGCUUCAAAGUUGCGGCGACGAGUGGCGGAAACCAGUGCUACUGCGGCAACGAAUACCCACCGAAAAACUCACUGGUGGACGACUCCAAGUGUGACGUGCCAUGUCCCGGCUACGGCGUUCAAGCAUGUGGUGGCAUCGACUUUUACACAGUUUACAACACUGGUGUCAUGCUGUCGGUCUCAUACGCCCCCGAGAAUGACACGUCCUCUGCUUCCGGCUCUGCCACCCCAAGCGUGGUCGCCUCAUCCACCGUCGUGUCAGGCGGUCAGACCAGUGUCGUAUAUGUGACUUCCACUCCGACGGGCGGUCCAGAAGACGGCAAGGGCGGCACACCUAUGGGUGGAAUCAUUGCUGGCGUCGUGGUUGGCGUCGUGGUUCUCGGCGCAGCGUUUGGUGGGCUCUGGUUCUGGAUGCGACAGAAGAGAAACCGUGAGAUCGAGGAGGAGCACCGUCGCAACGCAGCUGUCAAUGCCUUUAUGGGCGGAAAGCCACCCGGCAGCAGUGGUGGUUACUCCAUGGAGACAGACACCCGACUGGACCCAGUCAUGGCUCAACGCAGGAUGAGCAGUGGCAGCAUCGCCGACAACCAAGAUUACUCGCGACGAAUCCUCCGGGUCACCAACGCGUGA